AUGAAUGAGAUUCAUGUCUCUUAUGGACAGGCUGAUGGACUACUGAAACCUUUUGCUGAACAUGAUUCGGCUCACCAAAGCCCCGAUUGCGGGUCGAUUAGCGAAGUUUCGCCGACCCGAGCAUGUUUCAGCGAUUGCACAAACUUAUUGUGCACCGAGGACGGCCUGGACGAUUUUGAAAUGGGUGAUGGCGUUGCACUGGGGAGCGAGGUGCACGACCCGUGCAGCGGCCAUGAGCGCCGCCUUCGCUUGGACUACCGAAGUUAUUAUGCCGGCUUCUCGCGCGAUGAUGACAUCAUAAGGCAUGAUCUCCGUAAACAGGCAGAAGUACGACUGUACGGUAAUCCCGUCGGGGGUGACUUGCAUACGUCACCAUGGGAUACUGGCUUGGCCGUUGGAAGAAGUGGCAUUGGAGGCAGAGGCGGAGGCGGAGGCGGCAUAGCGGUGCCAUGCCCUCUGCUUUCUGCCUCGUACCGUGCGCGUAUGGUUGGCUGGAUGCGGGAGGUGUCUGUGGCCCUGGGCCUGCAGCUGUCCACGCUUUUCACGGCCACAUCCGUACUGGACCGGUUUAUAGCUGCAUCUGAGGUGCGAAUGUACGGCAGGGAGGUGCCGCUUCCGAAUGGACUGCUUCAAUUGGUCACGCUGGCAUGCUUGUCUGUGGCAGUCAAGUACGGCGAGGUGAUCGACCGCCUCAGACUGUCGAACAUGCUUUGUCCUCCCUCCCCUUUUUGGUUCAUGGCUACCUCUGAUGUGCUUGCUUUGACCGAGCUUUUCGCGCAUACCAAGCAGGUACAGCAGCUCGGUCCCGCUGUAUGGUUGAGCAUGGCAGUUGACCACAGCGGGCGGCAUCUGUACGGGGCUCGAGAUCUGCAGCGGUGCGAGUUCACGUUGCUGCAAACCAUCAACUGGCGCCUGCACCAACCAAACACCUACACCUUCCUGGAACACUUCCUUAGCAUCGUGUGCUCUCCGCCGGCGCCGACCAUUCCAACCGAUUCAACCGCCGGAAGAGCCCAGCGGCUGGACAAGCAGUCCAGAUGGGGUUGUACGGCAUCCUCCGAUUUUCAAGCGGCAGGCGAUCCCAGCGUCGCCGCCGCUUCAGCCCUCGCCACACAGAAUGCCUUGACAGCGGUCGAGUCCGUCACCGUCGCUGUCGGUAGUCAGCCGGAAACACACGGCACCCCGGAAGCAUCGCACGGACUGUUGUCCAUGGCGAUUCACGACUCGGAGGGAAGCCCUGAGCGUUGCGCCCUUUUUUCUGCCGUCAAAAGUUGGCGCUCAUGUGGUUGCCAGGAAAUCUCCCGCCUGUCGAGCAUCUUUUUGGAGUAUGAGCAUAGCACUGUCGCACUCUCAUGCCUAGCACUGGCGGAGCACAAGACGUACGGCACUGGCGGCGGCAACGCUGCCGGGCCUUUAGAGGCCAGCGCGACCGCAGCCUGGGGUCCGUUUGCCGCCAUGCACGUCGCAGCGGCGGCGGAGGCAGCGGAGGCGGCGGCAGAUGCCGGCGGUGACGUCGGGCCGGCGGCGUUUCCGUGGGUCAAUCUGCAAGCGGCGACACAGGUAGCGGCGGCGGCGGCAGCUUCCGCCGCUACCUUAGCCGCCGUAACCACCGCCGCUGGUCUUCCAUUGCCUGUUCUGGCUCCUUGUUUAGUGAGCUGCAUGACGGCCCUGGAGGGUUACUACCAGCAGCUCAAGGACGCAGCAGCCGCGGAGGCGGAGGAGGCGGCGGAGGCGGCGGCUUAG